AUGGAGGGGUUUUUGCUUGCCAAUGGCUACCAGCUCGGCAGGACCAUUGGGGAGGGGAUGUACUCCAAAGUGAAGGAGGCUUUCUCCCAAAAGCACCAGAAGAAAGUGGCAAUUAAAAUAAUUGAUAAGAACGAAGGCCCAGAAGAGUUUAUUCACAGAUUCCUGCCCCGGGAGCUCCAGAUCAUCACGCGUUUGAACCACAAGAACAUCAUCCGCGUGCAUGAGAUGCUGGAAUCCGCAGAGGGGAAGAUCUGCCUCGUGAUGGAGCUGGCGGAGGACGGGGACAUCUUUGACUACGUGCUCCGCGAGGGUCCCUUGCCCGAGCCCCGUGCGAGGACUCUCUUCUGCCAGCUGGUAGAGGCCAUCCAGUACUGCCACAACAGCGGGGUGGCCCAUCGCGACCUCAAGUGCGAGAACGCCCUGCUGCAGGGCCACACCUUGAAGCUGACGGAUUUUGGCUUCGCCAAGCUGCUCCCCAGGGACAGCAGGGAGCUGAGCUGGACCUUCUGCGGCAGCACAGCCUACGCGGCCCCCGAGGUGCUGCAGGGUGAGCCCCACGACAGCUGCAAAGGCGAUGUCUGGAGCAUGGGUGUCAUCCUCUAUGUCCUGCUCUGCGCCCGCCUGCCCUUCGAUGACACCGACAUCCCCAACAUGCUGCACCAGCAGCAGAAAGGCGUCCCCGUGCCCAGGCACCUAGAGAUCUCCAAGGAGUGCCAGAACCUCCUGAAAAUGCUCCUAGAACCAGAUAUGAUGCUGAGACCCUCCAUCGAGGGGGUCAGCAGACACCCAUGGCUGACUAACGCCUGAGAAGGACUCGCCCUGCUCUCCCCAAAUGGAACAGAUUGUUUCUAAAAUGACGAUAAAUUUGGAGGUCAGUGUUUCCCAUCUAUCUAGCCUCAUGGGUGGUGUGCCAGGCC